AAAUUCCAUUGAAUAUGUAUAGAUUAUUAAUUUAGAACCCAAUAAUUUAAAACACCUCUGCAUAUAAACAUAGCCACAACAACAAAAACAAAGACAUAGGCAACUUUCUACAUAACCUUUAACAUAAACUAAAUAGCCUCAGAACUCCUACUUGCCUCUUCUUUUACAUACACUUUUGUUCCAAUGGAAAUCAACUUUCAAACACAUCAUCAUAAAGAAGCAAUCUCAAUGAAGAAAGUAACCAAAUUCAAGGGGAGAAAAAGAAGCAAAAGUUGUAGUAGUAGUAGUAACAAGUUUGUUGGUGUAAGGCAAAGGUCUUCAGGGAAAUGGAUAGCUGAGAUUAAAGACACAACACAUAAGAAGAUAAGAAUGUGGCUUGGUACUUUCGAAACUGCUGAGGAAGCUGCUCGUGCUUACGAUCAAGCUGCUUGUCUACUUCGUGGAUCAAACACACGAACAAACUUUGUUACUACUCGUGUUUCUCCGGAUUCUCAACUUGCUUACAGGAUCAAAAAUCUUCUUGAUAGUAAGAAAAUUGCAAAACAGAACAAACAGAGGAACUCUGUUUUCACUAGUAGAAGUACUAGUAACAUCAGCAGCAAUAGCUCAAAUCCAAUUAGUGUAGUUGAUUCAGCUUCUAGUCAGAAAAUUCAAGAAAGUCAUCUUCUUGAAGGGAAUUUAAAGGGUUAUGAAAAAGUACUUAAUUCUUCUUGUGGUGAGAUAAUACAAGAAAAUCAACUAUUUGACAGCUUACAUAAGCCUACAACUACUGUUGCUACUACACCUGACUCUCAAACAAGUUGGGGUCGGCUAUAUGAAAGUUUAUCUCAGGCCGAGAAAAACUUAUAUAAGCCUGAUAUGAUAAAUUGCUUAGAUGGACUCGAUAUGAGUUUGUGUUCUUCCCAUCCUGAAGCGUCAUGGGGCUUUGAAUUUGCUCAAGAAUUGUUAGAUUUUCCAAUUUUGAGUGAGGGUACACGUGAAAUGGGAUAUACAGAAUUUGAGAGGAUGAAAGUAGAAAGACAGAUAUCAGCAUCACUUUAUGCUGUGAAUGGUGUACAAGAAUAUAUGGAGACUGUUCAUGAUCCUGCUGAUUUAUCUCUUUGGGAUCUUCCUCCUUUAUUUUCUUUGUUAUCCUAA